GAUGAAGAUGAUGGAGAAGAAGUAUGAGGGGCAGCAGCAUCAUCAGUAUCAUCAGCACCACUGAGGACAAAGUCAUGAAGAAGUAGUUUUGAGGAAGAACCAAGGAGACAUUUUCCCCGCUCCUCUUCCUCCUCUUCUCGUCAGCGGACCUUCUCCCAUCUCCCGCCGUGGGGUCUCAGCUGGCCGUCUCCCUCCCCCCGUCCCUCGCUCCCUACCUCCCGCGGGCUCUGCUGGGAUCCUCCGGGCUGCUGCGCGGCAGGAGGAUGUCUCGCAGGGCGUCUCCCGGCCCCGAGGAGCCGCGGAGGCGGGAGGUGGAGCGCCACGACGAGCGUCCGGAGCGCGCCGAGCCACUGUCGGACGGCGAGAGGGAUCUGAUCCAGGACACGUGGGGCCAGGUCUACAAGAACUGCGAGGACGUGGGAGUGUCCGUGCUCAUCAGGUUCUUUGUGAACUUCCCCUCUGCCAAGCAGUACUUCAGCCAGUUCCAGGACAUGGAGGACCCCGAGGAGAUGGAGCGCAGCUCCCAGCUGCGACACCACGCCCGCAGGGUGAUGAACGCCAUCAACACGGUGGUGGAGAACCUCAACGACCCGGAGAAGGUGUCCUCGGUCUUGGCCCUGGUGGGAAAAGCUCAUGCUGUCAAACACAAAGUGGAGCCAAUGUACUUCAAGAUCCUGAGCGGGGUGAUGCUGGAGGUGUUUUCUGAGGACUUUCCCGAGUUCUUCACGGCCGAGGCGCAGGUGGUGUGGAGCAAACUGAUGGCUGCGGUGUACUGGCACGUGACCGGGGCCUACACCGAUGUGGGAUGGCUGCAGGUGUCCAGCUCGGCCGUGUGAAAGCUUCAAUGAGUUUUGUAAAUCCCCCAAAACGUCAGCGUGGACUUAUUGAGUCUGUUUAGCUGACUGGAGAGCUAGCUCGUGGGUCCAUGACCGUGACUUCUGUUUUGCUUGAUCAGCCGUUUUACUGCACUGUUUGGAAACAAUUAAGGUAUGUAAAUAAACAUUUACAAAAUG